UAUAUUGAUUUAUUGACAUUUCUAUUAGAUUAAUACGCCUUUACAGUCUUGAAAAAGCUAUUUAAAAUCAGUUUAUUUUUAUUAUAGUAAUUUAAAAGGUAAUGAUGAACGAGGAAAAUGAUAUAGAUGAAUGGAUUUUUAAUUCUUUUAAAAAAUACCACAAAUUGCAAAUGUUUGGUAUUGAUAAAUCUAUUAUUUCAAUGGAAUUAAGUAGCUCUUCAAGUAUUUGCUUAGCAUGUAAUAAAAAAGAAAAUAUUGGUUUUGAGAUAUUAGAUUUAGAAUUACCAAAUAAAUUAUUUCAAUUAGAAAAUGAGCCAGAUUCACUUAAUACUAGUCGAGAUCUUAAGAUGAAAUGUGGCACUCUAACUAAAAAUUCACUAAUUGAUAUGAAAACUCUUUUUAAUAAAAACAAAAUUAUUUUAUCUGAAAAAGGUAUUAAAAAUGUUUCUUUAUAUCAAGUAAACACUAAUAAUUCAGAUCAGAUGUGUCCACUGUUGUCUUUUGAUAGUAAAAUAGAUGGUGGAAAAUUAGCAGUUCAUCAACUAAAUAAUUCUUUAGUCAUAUGGGGAAAAGAAAAUGUAAAGCAAUGUGGCCAUAUAUUUGAUAUUGAAAAAAAUAAAUGUAUGCAGACAUUGGGAGAUGAAGAUAAUGAUUUAAUUAGCAGUUACUUACCACAGUUUACAUCAAACAAUGAAUUAUUAGUUCUAAACUCUGACACAGGUUCCUUCACUUUAUAUAAUCUGAUUGAUGGUCAGAAAAUUUCAACUGUUAGUCAGCAAGAAAAUAAUUCACACAAAUGGAUUGCUAGUUCUAUCCCCAAUACCUUUAAGAAUAAUAGUAUUAAUAAUAAUAUAACUAUGGUAUCCAAUGGUGGUGAAUUGCUUAUGUAUGAUUUAAGAUUCUUAAAAAUACCAAAAGUUCAUAAAAAAAAUGUAUUUCCUAAAUGUAGUAAUAAAUUAGGAAUCUCCAUGGAUCCAAAUAAUUUUAAAAAUUAUGCAAUUAGUGGAUUUGAUGAAAACAUUUAUAUUUAUGAAGAGUUAAAUAAUGAAGAUUUCAAGUUAAAAUUCAAACAUGAAGGCCAUUUAUAUACUGAAAAUGAUAACUCAUCUUAUAACAAUGUAACAAGUGGUGCUGUAUGGUUACCGAUGUGUGGCAACAACACUUUGAUAUCUAGUGCUAAUGAUGGAUCUAUACAAGGAUGGCAAUAUAUUUCUUAGAAAAUAAAAUUAAAAAACCAAAUCUAAUUAAAGUUUUAAAAAAUAUUUAUUUGAAAUAAAAAACAUGGAUGUUAUAAAUCCACA